AUGGCUCCGGUGAGAUGCGCCCCUCGCCGCUUCCUCGCUUACAUGGGCUCCCUUCCUCCGCCAUUCCGCUUGCGUAGCCGCACAUUCUCGCUCGCGCGCGUCCUGUCCGCGCCUUCCAUCCCGCCAAUCAAAGGAAAAGCCCCGCCGCCUCGCCUCAGAGGGCGCAGCAGGAGCGGCGCUACCAUAACCCUCAUCCCCCCUCCGUACUUUCCCCCUUUCCCGCUCUUCUUACUUUCCCCCUUUUCCCCUCUUUUUACCUUCCCCCCUUUCCCCCUUGCCAAUGGGAGGCGUGGGAGUGGGUGCGGGAUGCUUGGGGCGGCUGCAAUUUCACUCCAAUUGCUAGGCGCUCAAAAAGUAGACUCCACGCCCUCCUUUCUCAUACCUUUCGCCCCCCUCUCCUCCUCCUUUCCCACGCUCUCCCACCUCCCCGGCCUUCCUCCCUCCCCACUCCCCCACCAGCCCAUCUCCCCCAAGUGGCUGCCCAUGUAUCGGUGGCUUGCCUCCCUUCCCCCCACCACACCCACCCUUGCGGCAUGGGAGGUGCGGCAGUGGGUGCAGCAGGAGUGGGCGCGACUACCCCUAGAGCUCAGACGCACUCCCAUGCAGCGCAUAGUGCAGUACACUGUUACCGCUUUCCACCGCAUUAAACACCAGGGGGGGCUGGGGAUUGCGGGUGAAGGGAUGGUGCAGGGAGAGGGGUCGGUGGGGGGAGAGGAGGGGGAAGAGGAUGUGGUGGGAGAUUGGGAUGGGAGGGGGAGGGAGGCAGGGAGGGGAAGAGAUGGAGGGAGGAGGAGAGAUGGAGGGAGUGGGGGAGACAGAGGGAUGGGGAGAGGGGCAGAGAGGAGAAGAGGGGCAGGGGUUGGAGCAGAGAGGGCCCACUACGAUGAGUGUCGGAGCAGCGGAAAGAGAGGAGAUGGGGAGGAGGGGGAGGAGGAGGGGGACGAGGAUGGGGAAGGAGAGGAGGUGGGAGAAGAGCGGAGGGGAGGAGAGGGAGACGCUGGGAGGCGCAGGAGGCGGGGAGGAAGAAUGGCAACAUACACAGAGCAUCCCAUGAAAAAGCGAAGGGCAAUGGAAGCAGCUGUGGGAGGGGAGGCAGGCGAGGCCCAGGAGGUGGGGCGCAUGGUGCAGCAGCAGCACUGCGCUCUCGUGAAUCACUUCAACAGCCUCGUGUUGCUGCAGUACCACCUGCCGCUGCUGCUGCAGGGAGGCAGCGGGGGGAUGAGUGACGAUGGGCAGAGAAAAAGACUGCUCCUCGUGUUGCUGCAGCGCCACCUGCUGCUGCUGCAGGGAGGCAGCGGGGAGAGAACGGACAACCAGAGCUUGGGUCAAGGGUAUAGGGGCCGGGAAGAUGGGGAUAAGGGGAAGAUGGAGGAAGGGGGUCAGGGGGAGGAGGAGCAAGAGGGUAAGAGGGGUGAAGAGCAGCAGAGUGUGGGGCAGGGGGGACAAGAAAGUAAGGGACAGGAGGAAGAGAAUGGAGAAGGGAAGAGGGGUGGUGAGGGAGGGGAUUGUGACAACAAGCAGACAAGUGCUGUGAGACGCCACGAGUUUGUGCCUCCAUGGAAGCCCCCUUUCGCCCCCCACCACUGCUCGCAAAUGGUUGGAGGGCGCGAGGUCGGGGGUAAGCGACAGGGAGAGAGGCAGGAACAAAAGGGUACGCUGGUGGGGGCAUUUGAGUUGGGGAUGGUGGCACGUACCCCAGAGGUGAGUCAGGAGCGGAUGAUGGGGGGCUAUCCUCGCCGGGGAGGGGUUGAGGGGCGCGGUGUGGGGAGGAAGAGGGGGGAAGGCCAGGGGCCAGAGGUUACGCUAGAGGCGUGGGUGGUGUGCAGUGUUGACAAUCACCGGCGUGACUUUAAGGGGGGAAGGAGCGGUGAUGAGGGAUCCAGGGAGGUGUGUGGGGGUGCGGGGAGAGGCAGGCGAGGAGGUGGGGAGAUGGCUGGGCGCGGAUGGGGAUCUCUGGACAACCCUCGUCGAGGCCUGGGGUCGGUGCUCUGCCAAUCACGUGGUGACACGUGGCGUCCUACCUGGGCCAGCUACACCUCCCAUGCUGCUGACGCGCCUACUACUAACAUCAGCGAUCUGGCAGUGCAGAAGGUGUUGGAUGCGCGUUUCCACCCCAAGGCCCGGCCCCAGCUCGUCAUUGGCUGCAACGAGGCGCCCAACGAGUUGCUUCUCUUUGACCUCUCCUCCGGCUCGCACCGGCCCCUGCAAGGCCACGCCUGCCAGAUCCAGGCGGUGGAGUAUGCCAUGGAUGGUGACGUCAUCCUCUCCUGUGGGGGCUCCACUCUCAAGGCUAGGCUACAAACCCCGUUCCGCCCACAGGGUUCUGUAACCGCAUAUCCCUUCCACCUGCCACUGCAACCAUUCCGUUCAGACCUAGUGGCCACCAGCGGUGCCAGUGGGGACCCACGGGUCAUCCUGUGGGAUGUGCUCUCAGCCAAGCCCCCCAUCGCCCCCCCCCUACACCCGCUAACCACCGCUCUCCAUCACUCCCCACCUUUUUCCACUCUGCACAUCAGACCUAGCAGCCACGAGUGGCGCCAGUGGGGACCCACGGAUCAUCCUGUGGGACGUGCGCUCAUCCAAGCCCCUCGCCCAUCUCUCUCCCUCCUUCACUCUGCCGCCAAGCUCCCAGCAGGCCUGCUCGCUCGAUUGCGAGUGCGCAUGCCAAUGGAUGCGCAGUGCUGUGCUUUGUGGACGCUGCAUGAAACAUCACAUCAUCCAUACGCCCCCACCAACCCCCCCAGCAGCGCAGCAAGGGCAGCAGGCCAGAGUGCCCCGGUGCGAGUGCACAUGGCAAUGGAUACUCUGUGCUGUGCUUUGCCUUACAUCGCAUGCCACAUCAUCCAUUCACUCCCCAACCAACCAACCCCCAGCACGGCGGUUGGUGCAGCAGGCCAGAGUGCUCAUGUGCGAGUGCACAUGGCUCUGGAGGCGCUGUGCUGUGCUUUGCGGUCAUUGCACGACGACGGCUCUGGGGACACGAUAUCAUCCAUGUGA